CGAGGUAGACCAUGAGUGUGCCUGCGGUGGCGUCGUUCUCUGGACCGCUCUUCUUGAGGUUUCCCUGAGCCGUCCUCUCGUGGAGCCGCUCCCAGAUUUUGUCCACAAGUGUUUGUGGAAAACAUGGCUGAUAUUAACCUCAAAGAAGUAACCUUAAUAGUAGGUGUGGUUACUGCCUGCUAUUGGAACAGCCUCUUUUGUGGUUUUGUUUUUGAUGAUGUUUCAGCAAUACUGGAUAAUAAAGACCUGCAUCCGUCUACACCUUUAAAAACUUUAUUUCAGAAUGACUUCUGGGGAACCCCUAUGUCUGAGGAGAGAAGCCACAAGUCUUACCGUCCCUUAACAGUACUGACAUUUCGCUUAAAUUAUCUGUUUAGUGAACUAAAGCCAAUGUCAUAUCAUCUCCUAAAUAUGAUUUUUCACGCUGUGGUUAGUGUGAUAUUUCUUAAAGUCUGCAAACUUUUUCUGGACAACAGGAGCAGUGUGAUUGCUUCUUUACUUUUUGCAGUGCACCCAGUACACACAGAAGCAGUAACAGGUGUGGUAGGAAGAGCAGAACUUUUGUCAUCUAUCUUUUUUCUAGCUGCAUUUUUGUCAUAUACCAAAUCAAAAGGACCAGAUAAUUCCAUAGUGUGGACUCCAAUUGCAUUGACAGUGUUUUUAGUAGCUGUUGCAACAUUGUGUAAAGAACAAGGAAUAACAGUUGUGGGAAUUUGCUGUGUGUAUGAAGUAUUUAUUGCCCAGGGGUAUACUUUGCCAUUAUUAUGUACUACUGCUGGACAGUUUCUCCGUGGAAAGGGUAGUAUUCCAUUUUCUAUGCUGCAAACACUAAUAAAACUCAUUGUUUUGAUGUUCAGUACACUAUUACUUGUUGUGAUUAGAGUCCAGGUUAUUCAGUCCCAACUUCCAGUAUUCACCAGGUUUGAUAACCCAGCUGCUGUAAGCCCAACUCCUACAAGACAACUAACUUUUAACUACCUCCUUCCUGUGAAUGUGUGGCUUCUGUUAAAUCCUUCAGAGCUCUGCUGUGAUUGGACCAUGGGAACAAUACCACUUAUAGAGUCAUUUCUAGAUAUUCGAAAUCUUGCCACAUUUGCUUUCUUUUGCUUUUUGGGGGCUUUGGGAGUAUUCAGUCUCAGAUACCCUGGUGAUUCCUCCAAGACUGUUUUAAUGGCACUUUGUUUACUGGCGUUACCAUUUAUUCCUGCAUCGAACCUUUUUUUUCCAGUUGGAUUUGUUGUUGCUGAGCGAGUAUUAUAUGUUCCUAGCAUGGGGUUCUGUAUUUUGGUAGCCCAUGGAUGGCAAAAAAUAUCAAACAAAAGUGUUUUUAAAAAGUUAUCCUGGAUUUGUCUGUCUAUGGUGAUAUUCACUCAUGCCUUAAAAACACUCCACAGAAAUUGGGAUUGGGAGUCUGAAUAUACACUGUUUAUGUCAGCCUUGAAGGUAAAUAAAAAUAAUGCCAAAUUAUGGAAUAAUGUGGGUCAUGCUCUGGAAAAUGAAAAGAACUUUGAGAGAGCUUUGAAAUACUUCUUACAGGCUACCCAUGUUCAGCCAGAUGAUAUUGGUGCCCACAUGAAUGUAGGAAGAACUUAUAAAAAUUUAAAUAGAACCAAAGAAGCUGAAGAAUCUUACAUGAUGGCUAAGUCCCUGAUGCCUCAAAUUAUUCCUGGUAAAAAGUAUGCAGCCAGAAUUGCCCCUAACCACCUAAAUGUUUAUAUCAAUCUGGCCAACUUGAUCAGAGCAAAUGAGUCCCGACUGGAAGAAGCAGAUCAACUGUACCGACAAGCGAUAAGCAUGAGGCCCGACUUCAAGCAGGCUUACAUUAGCAGAGGAGAAUUGCUUUUAAAAAUGAAUAAACCUCUCAAGGCAAAAGAAGCAUAUCUUAAAGCGCUAGAGCUGGACAAAAAUAAUGCAGAUCUUUGGUACAACUUGGCGAUUGUUCAUAUUGAACUUAAAGAACCAAAUGAAGCCCUAAAAAACUUUAAUCGUGCUUUAGAACUAAAUCCAAAGCAUAAGUUAGCAUUAUUCAAUUCUGCUAUUUUGAUGCAAGAAUCAGGUGAGGUUAAACUCAGACCUGAAGCUAGAAAACGACUUCUGAACUAUAUAAAUGAAGAGCCACAAGAUGCUAAUGGCUAUUUCAAUCUGGGAAUGCUUGCCAUGGAUGACAAAAAGGACACUGAAGCAGAGAUGUGGAUGAAGAAAGCUAUAAAAUUACAAGCUGACUUUAGAAGUGCUUUGUUUAAUUUGGCUCUCCUAUAUUCUCAGACUGCAAAGGAAUUAAUGGCUUUGCCAGUUUUGGAAGAGUUACUUAGAUACUAUCCUGAUCAUAUCAAGGGUCUCAUUUUAAAGGGAGACAUUCUGAUGAAUCAAAAGAAAGAUAUACUUGGAGCAAAAAAAUGUUUUGAAAAGAUUUUGGAGAUGGAUCCAAGCAAUGUGCAAGGAAAACACAAUCUUUGUGUUGUUUAUUUUGAAGAGAAGGACUUAUUAAAAGCUGAAAGAUGCCUGGUUGAAACAUUGGCAUUAGCACCACAUGAAGAAUAUAUUCAACGCCAUUUGAAUAUAGUCAGGGAUAAAAUUUCCUCAUCUAAUUUUGUAGAACAGCCAAUAUUCCCAGCUGGUAAGACUUCAGGUGUAGAAGGAGACAACAUUCCAACUGAAAAUGUAAAAGAAAUCAGAAAUGAACCCAGACCCACACAGAUAAUAAAAACAAGUGAUAAUAAAAGUCAAUCUAAAUCCAACAAACAAUUAGGAAAAAAUACAGACAAAGAGACCCCCCACAAAACAGCAAAAGAAAUCAAAGAAAUUGAGAAGAAAAGAGUUGCUGCUUUAAAAAGACUAGAAGAGAUUGAACGUAUUUUAAAUGGUGAAUAGUAUUACUCUUUAGUCUUUAUCAUGUGACAGUGGUUUCAAAGAACUUCAAUCUGUAUCAUGUGGUUGCUUAUACUGGGAGCUUUGAAAAAGAGCAAGGAUGCUUAACAGUCUAUUAUAAGCUGUCUCGUCGUAGGAUCAAAAUAAGAUUUUCAUUAAAGAUCUAUUUUAACCCAGGGUAUGUAUUAUAUAAGAUAUGGCAGUAGUAGUUUUCUCAGUUUUGGUGAAUGUAGCAGAAAUAUUAAAUUACAGGUGACAGAUUUGUAUCUUUUAUUGUAGAAGGAAGAUUCUUUCGGCUGAAUAAUCUUGACUACUUCCAAUUAAAAAUAAUCUGAUGCCUGAAUGAUAAUCCCUUGGGGGCAAAUCCAACAUGUGCUGGUUAUUCUGUGAAUUCCCAUGUAUUAGCUAACUUCAUUUUUCCUUUAACGGUUAGAAUCUGGCUAUGGAUUGAAAACACUUAUUGAACACAUUCUUUUUUCUUCAGUAAACUAUUUAACCAAGGGACUUUGCAAUACAAAAGAAUGCUGGCUUCCUUGGUGUUGUAUUCUUUCAUUGAAUUUUUAGAAAGAAUGCCAGAUGAAACAUUUUAAAAUAAGUCAUAUGACAUGUUAGCUAAGAAUGUAUUUCCGUAAUUGUGUGCUUGUCCUUACCUUCACUCGAAAAUGCAAUUUUUAGUCAGGUGAAGUUUAAAAUAUAUAUAUACAUACACACACACACACAUUUCUAAUGGUGCUCAUGUAUACUGUUUUUUGAUUUUUUUACACACUGAAAGUUUCACAGCAUGAACCACAUAAUCAUGACUAUCUUUGACUUUUACUCCCCAAACUAUUUGUAUUUCUUAGGGUCACAGUCAUAUUGAGAAGUCCCAAUAGUUACUAUAAUUUUAUUUAAACUUUUGAGUUACAACAUAGUAAGUUUCUCUUUCGUCUUAGUGUUAUCUCUUUAGUGUAUUUGAUUUUUAAUUUUGUUUCCAAAAACACACCUUAAUCAUUCUUAGAUACCUUAAGCAACUAAAAUGAAUUGUGUUUAACUGAAGUCAAAACAAUGUGACAAAGUUUAUUUUUAAACACUAAGUUCUUGAUAUGGUGUAUAUAAUAUUUAUUUUGACUACUGAGCUUUCAUAAAAACUUUAAAGCUGUUUUAAUUCCAUCAAAUAUGGAAAACAAAUUGCUAUUGCAUUUUCUACAUGUGCAUAUGUUACAGUUUAACCAAAAUUCCAUUAUUUUUGGCUUGCUGUCCAGCUUAAAAGAUAAUUAGCCUAAUAUGGGAUUAAUAAAUUAGUCCAUUGGUUUUAGCAAAUUUAAACCUGAAAAAUGUUAGGUUGAAGAGUAGAUACAAAUCAAAUUUAUUAGUUUAAAUCUGAUUUUUUUCUUGAGUUAAAAUAAGUUUCAAAUGAGUUUUAUAAUACCUAAUAAAGUUGGUUUUAAUUUAAAAAGUUUAAAGCUCGAGCUAUCAUCCUGGGAUAGUAACUAAUUUCUAAUUAUGCAGUAUUUCAAAAACUGUACUUCUUUUCCUUUGAGAUAACUAAUUUCUAAUUAUGUGUGUUUCAAAACCAUAUUCCUGUAACUUCUUUUCAAGAAAUGUUUUAUAAAUAGGUCACAAGAAGCAUGGUCUGCAUUUAAAGACCCACUCUUCCCAGGUUCCCUGAGGAUCUGUCAUAGAUUAUUUUUUAGGCAAUUUAAAGCAAGCACUGACACCAAUGGUAGUUCAUUUUUGAUCCAGGAGAUUCUGUUAAGCAUUAAAGCAAUACCUAAUUUCAGUUCUUAAAUAAUGACUUUUUGACUCCAGAAAUAAGGUAGACUAUACCUCAUAUACUAUGACUUGAAAAAUGAAAUCUAUGUUAUUCUUAUGUUCUCUCCACAUAUCUUGAGAAAGAGUUUCUAAGUUUGAUCUCUCUUGUUGUGUAGUAUCAAGUGAGGAUAGUUCAGAAAAGUAGAAAGAAAUCUUUCAUGACAGCAGACCAUAAUAAAAGUUUUGAGUAAUAUUUUAAUAAAGUUAUAUAACUAUUCAAAAGGUAAAAGAUAUAUUAAUGUCAUCCCAUAAUUUUUAUAGAAAAAAGAAUUUCCUCAUUAGCACUUAGAACAAUGCUUAUCAUAUAGGAAGUGCUCAUGUAUUUGAAUUUUAAAUAAUCUAAAUUGAAUCCACUCUGUGUAAUUAAUAGUUUCUCCAAAUCAGUUUUUCUCAACCCUCACUUCAUAUCAGAAUCAUCUGGAGAGUUCUGAAUGUGGACCCCACCCCAAGAAAUCUGAAUUUCUUAGAGGUGGAACCGUGCUUCCAUUUUUUAAAAGCUCUGAGUGAUUCUAAUUUGUAGUCAGGGAUAGCAAACACUGCUCUAAAUUAGUUCAAGAAAAUCCUCUUACCUCUCCUGUGUUAACUUUUUAAAUUAGUAAUAUAAUCCAAUUAAGUUUUGAUGUUUUAAGUUCCAUUAAGGAAUAUGCUCUUCUGAUAACUAGUAUUUAUUUCAUCUUAAAUUGUAUCAAACUUGUUUAUGUGUAAGAGGAUUAUUUCUUCUCGUUCAACUCAUAAUAGAAAUUUUAUUCAAGCUGUUCAGGUGAAAAAAAGAUAAUGGAUUUUUUUUUUUUUUCCUUUGGAGCUGCCUUUUUUGGGGAAAUGGAGGGUAGGGACAUUUUAGCACAGUUUACUAACCUGUGGUUUACAGCUGUAAGCAUCUGUAAGUUUGGAAAAGAAAAAUUUAUCGUAGUUUGUGUGCUGGUGAAGGGAUGUAGUUUAGUUCUCACUGUUUUACAAAAGAAUCUACUCCCCAAGAGUUCUAGGAAAGCGUCGACAAUCCCCAAGGGGCAGUAUGUUACUCCUUCGCUGCUUCUCAGAUGGUAGGAUUAGGUUUUUCUCAUAUUGCUCCUAUAUGUGUUACCUUAUUAACAUUCAGAAUUGGGAAUUUUAUCUAGUAAUUAUUCCAGUAACUAAUUUUAUGAAGUUGAUGACUUGGAAGAUGUUUGCAAUUUUGUUUACUUUAUGUAAAUAUUUGGUAUGUGAAUUACACAAUUCUAAUAAAACAUCAUACCUUUACAUCUAAUUUGAGCUCUCAACUUCAUGUUACAGAAUGCUUCUUUAAAGAUGCUUUAAUGAAAAAUAUUAUGAAAAUAUAUAGAUUUGUAUGUCAGUUUAUACUUCAGAAAUCCAUAUAUUUGUCAUAUUUAUUUUUUUAAAAGCCUCCUAAUUGUCUGCAUGACUAAAUGAUAUUUAAAAUGAACCCUCAAAAAUAUCUGGGACCUUGUCCAAAAUGUUAUUUGUUGGAUGCUGUCAGCCAUCUAUGUUAAGAUUUCCUAAGAAAAGAGUUUAAAAUUGUAUGCAUUUUCUAUUACUAUGGUGUCUGUGUAACAUAUUUCUAAAUAUUCAGUAUUAAAUUGAUACUUUUUAAAACCUGAA